CAGGAUAAUACAUUUUCUAUUCCUGUUUGUGUACGUUAAAUGCUUCUAUGAGCAUACAUUUAUCUAAUUAAGAAGAAACACCAGGUAGUGUCCUUGGUGGAUUGCCUGUCUGGAAAAUUGUCUUAUAAUACGAGCCGAAAGACAUCUUGAUUUUCAGCCUCUUCAUCCGACCUUCAGAUCAUCGAUCCUUCUCACCAUGUCCAGCCAGCCCAUCGAAAAUCCCCAUGAAGGGGCCUAUAUGUCCCUGAUGAAAGGCAUGAGAGAGCUGGACCUCCGUGGCCCCUGUGUCCCCAGUGACCUGUUGCUGAUUGGAGACCAUGCCUUUCCUUUAGCAAUGAACAGUAAAGGCCAGGUCCUGAUGGCAGCCUCUCUGUACGGCCGUGGGAGGAUCGUGGUCCUGGGUCACGAGGGAUACCUGACGGCCUUUCCUGCUCUGGUAGAAAACGCUCUGACCUGGCUGAGAGGAGAUGGAUCUGACAACCUGUCUGUAGGGAUCCACAAAAACAUCAAGGGAGUCGCUGAUAACCUCAGCAAGUCCAGCUUCCAAGUCUCAGUUGUUGGGGCUUUUACUGAUAAUCGGGAAGUUGGUGUGUACGUGACGGACGCCUACUGCGUUGGUGCAGACGUGAAGGACCUGGUGGCUUUUCUGAAAGCUGGAGGAGGAGUGCUGAUAGCAGGGCAGGCAUGGCACUGGGCUCAAACGCACCGUAAGGAGAACUCGCUGCUUCAGUUUGAAGGGAACAAGGUUUCUGGUGUGGCAGGGAUCUACUUCUCUGACCAUGGAGGUGAGGCAGAAUGCCUGCCUGUCUACCCACAGAUCCCAUCCUCCUGGAUGGCUGUAGUAAUCGGCAAGGAUUUUGAGGACGACUUGCAGUUCUUACUCCAGGGGGUGUCAGAGUUUGACAUCCAAGGUGGAUUUCUAGCUUCUGAGAUUCUGGUCCACGGCCCGCUAGCCUUCCCCAUCGGGACCAUGGACAGUGGACAGCCAUUCCUGGCAGGAAGCUACUAUGGGCAGGGACGAGUCAUUGUGAUCUCACAUGAAGGGCUUCUGGGACUGGAGGCAUGGGCUCCAUUUUGGAAAAAUGCUCUUCAUUGGCUGGAUGAAGGUCGGCAGGGGGUCGUUGGUAUCGGUCAAAAGGCCUGCUUCGAUGUUCUCAACAAGUCAGGGCUGAAGUGUGAGAAGACAGACUUCAGAGAAGACCUGAGCGUAUAUGUGUGUAAAGCGUAUAGCGCUGAUAAUAUGGAGAAAAUCCAAAACUUUGUGGCAGAGGGAGGAGGCCUGCUGGUCGGUGGACACGCCUGGUACUGGGCGCAGUCACAUCCUGGACAUAACGAGUUAACAGAAUUCCCAGGGAACAAGAUCCUGAACGUAAUGGGCUUGACCUUGUUGAAGUCAACCAUCAAAGGAGGUUUACACAAGGCCCCCAAGCCAAGCAAGGCCAUGAAAGACUCCUACCACUUCCGCCAACUCCUGCACCGCUUCGCCAGUCACGUAUCGCACGGUUCGGAGCUUAGCAAGCACGAGGAGAAUCACCUCAAGAGGCUGGGCACGGACUGCGUCAGAUACUUGCAUAUGAAUGCUCACGAAUGCCCCUCCUACAAACAGGUGGUGUCCACCCUCACUGACAUCGUGAUGAAGUCGGGCAUGCCUCAGGUGUGUGACAGCUGUCCCGUGAAGAGUCCCAAAGACCACCUUCUCCUCAGUGUGGCGGCAGAGGUGUACAAGGUUUGCCCCGAUCCUGAUGCCCUCCUGCCCUACCUCAUCAAGGACAACCCCUUGAUGCCAGUCGUCUACAACCACAGAAUCAAGAUUGACGUCAACACUGCAGGAAUGGAGUGGAUCAGCACAGGUCUCUACCUAACACCUGGUAUGAAGACCUUCCUUGCCAUUCCAGCAGAGAUUGUCAACAAAGACUGGAAGAUCCAGAUCGGUUGUCAAACAGACACACUGAAGGCUGAAGAGUUGAAGAGAGCGCCGUGUGUUCACGCGCGAUUGCCUGUUACUUCAGAGAUGAUGCAGGUGUGGAACCUGUGGGGGGGGCUCAUCUACCUGGUGGCUCCACCCAAAACAAAGGUGGAGGGGGUGGAGGUCACAGUGCAGAUGGCUGUACCUGCGCCAUACUAUAAAGCUGGCGUGACUACAGCCGCCGAAUGGUCACUGCUGCGUACAGCUCCCUCCCCCUGGGCAGAGCUGGAGUUUGACAACAUCAUCCUCACCGUACCGUCAGACGUGGUUCGGAGCCUGGAUCGCCCCGAUGAGUUGGCGGCGCUUUGGAACGACAUGAUGAGGGGCAUCGCUGACCUGGCUGUCGUACCACACAAAUUUCCUCGCAAAGAGCGCUUUGUAGCAGAUGUGCAGAUUUCCCAUGGUUGGAUGCAUGCUGGUUAUCCCAUCAUGGCACACAAGACCACGGCAACUGAGCUGGUCAGCGUUGACCAUAUUAAGCGUAAAGGCCUGUGGGGGCCCAUCCAUGAACUGGGACACAACCAACAGAGAGGCUGCUGGGAGUUCUCACCAAACACCACAGAGUGCACGUGCAACCUGUGGUCAGUGUAUGUGCAUGAAGAGGUGCUGGGGAUCAAGAUGGACAAGGCACAUCAAGCGAUGGUUUCACAAACUCGCAAAAAACGAGCAAAGGAUUACGUCAAGGGAGGAAGGGAACUCAGCAGCUGGUCAGUGUGGGUGGCCCUGGAGACGUACAUGCAGCUCAUGGAGAAGUUUGGCUGGGACGCCUUUAAGAAGGUGUUUGCCGCCUACCACAAGAUGAGCAACUUUCCGAAGAACAACCCUGGAAAGAUGAACCUGUACGCUGUGACUUUCUCCCAGACUGUGGGGAUGAAUCUGUCUGCGUUCUUUAAGUCCUGGGGCUGGCCCAUAGAAACAGCCACUGAGGAGAAACUCUCCAACCUGCCUUCCUGGAGCGACCACCCCAUGGUCCAGUAUGGCUGAACUUCUGCUGAUUAAAAGUGCAGAUCGACGGGUUCAAAGAGUAACAUAUUCUUGACAUUGAGUCUUUAGUGGGGGAUUCAUUUAACUGACUCUUUUCUUCUUUUCUUGUGUUUUUGCCAUAUUUUAAAAAAGAAACGUGAGUUACAUAGUUGACCAGAUAUAUACAGCUUUUAAAUUCAGAAGCUCCAUUUGAAAAAUAUAUUUUUUAUUUGUUUAAUACAUGUUACCAGGUGGGUUAAAACUUGUAGUUUGAAGAUGAGUUAGAAAGCCUUUGAAACAUGUUUUCUCUUUUGGGAAAUGCAGCAUUAUGACCUCUGCUGCGUUUAACUCUCACAUGCGACAACUUCAUGUCUGCUUCAUUCCGCUUGUCUUACUCCUAAGCACUAGCUCUGUAAGCGGUGCUGUACACAAGUUAUUAUAAACGAGUUAUAGGGAAUAAUAUACAACAUUCAGAAUAUUAAUGUAGCAGCAAAUUAUUAUAAUCUGUGUAAAGAUUUAGUAAUGUCCUGAGCAGAGAAUGAAGUCACAUGGCGGCUAUAGCUGAUAACGCCGCCUUGAUCAACCGUUUGGUUUGUUCUGUUAGCGCUGUUAGCUACAAGCCGCGGGCUCAUGUUCAGAGCCGGUGAAAGGCAAUCAACACGCUCCUCAUCUCCUAUCUAACACCCUUAAAGGGUCUCUAUACAAUAAACAAUAAUAUAACAAACAAACAACUAUCUGCUCUGUAAAGAUAGAGUAAAGUUAUGGCGUCCUGAGAAGAGAGUGUGUUGAAAUCCGUAGUCGGUCCGGCCGUGCAUGCAUAUUAACAAUAAACAUUAAAACAUUAAACUUAUUUGAUGGUCAUUGUACAUAUUAAUACAAACACAUGAAAUUUGGCCUCUACAUUUAACCCAUCCUAAGAAGCAGUGUGACUGAGAAAAAACUGUUCUGUUUAAGGGUCAUAAUAACACUAAUUCCCGUUGAGAUAUGUGGAUGUUUCUUGUGUGAAUAAGUAAACUGCUUCUUUCAUUUGCUCUAAUGCUUCAGCUCAUUAAUAUACAGUACAGUGAUGCUUUAUAAGAUCACCUAUCACGUCUUUAAUUCAACAUUUGCCUUCAUGUCAAUGGAAAAGACACUAAUAAACAUUUGAUGCACCCCUCUGCCUCUUAUUUUAUUUUCAUCCGUUUUUUUCUUGAAUGAGGUGAAAAAUAAGGGAUGAA